AUGGAGAAAUCCAUUCGUGCAAUCAGCGUGACUGGGUCGGUCGCACUUGUGGUUGGCAUUGCUGAGAGCAUCCUUGGUUUCAGCGGCGCUGUUCGUCGUCAAGUUCAAAAGACCAAAAGUGCAAGAAGACGGCUCAAUGACAAUGUGACUACCAGACCGCCGACUUCAGCUCCAACAGCCACAGCGACAGCCACAGCUGCAACAACCCCAGAGUCCGUGGACCUUUUUGGCACAACCUAUGAGGUUGGAACUACAUACAGAAUUUCUCAAGUGGGUUCUGAGCUUUCCGGAACCAUUCCUACAGAAAUCGGAUUCCUAACCGAGCUCACACACUUGUUUCUGGGAUUGGGAGAUAUCUUUGGCGACAUCCCCUCUGAGAUUGGAUGUCUCACUUCUCUGAAAGCCUUGAACAUGUUUGGGAACGAGCUAUCCAACAGAGUUCCCUCCGAGAUUGGGUUAUUGACAGAGUUGACUGGACUGUUUUUGUACAAUAACAAGCUAACCAAUGGGCUUCCUACGGAACUGGGGUUGUUGACACAAAUGUCGGUUUUGAGCGUUCACCAUAACAUUUUGUCAGACAGUAUACCUUCUGAAAUUGGCUUUCUGACCAACUUGAGCAUUGUGUGGCUGUCUUACAACCAGCUAUCAAACUGUUUGCCCUCUGAGAUUGGAUUACUGACAAAAUUGAUGGCAUUGGGUUUGGCUUACAACUCCUUUUCCAGCAUCACACCCUCUGAGAUGGAAGCAUUGACUCACUUGAACGAGCUAUACCUCAGCAACAACCAGUUGUCGGGAAGUGUGCCCAGCAGCCUUUGUGCCAACCCAGGUUUGAUUGAGAUACAAGUUGAUUGCUUGCUGGAUUCAUUUCCUGUGGAUCCUGUGGGAUGCUCUUGCAGGGAAUGUACUUGUGCCGGUAGCUAA